AUGAUCCCACGGGAAGUAGCGGUCUUUGCUAUCGUGAUAACGCUUUCCUCAUGCUCCCUGGCUAGCGACCAUGUCCGCAAGAAGGAGGAAAAAUACCGGGAUGUAACCUGGGGAGACACGGCGCAAGAAUGCUGCCCGGGAGACGCUAAAUCCACGGAUAUGAGAAAACCCGAGUAUUUCACCUGUCAGUGUCCAUCAACUCACUACCCCGAGCGUAUCUUCCAGCCGGGAUCCAAAUUCCUGAUUACCACAAACUGUAAACGCAGACCGAUAGACUACUGUAUUGAGAUUUGUCAUCCCACCCAUACCUAUGCCUGUACAGAGAUGCACGAGGAAAAGUCUGCCAUCUGUCAUUGUCUUCCCGAGUAUACCACAGAGUCGAAUUGCUUCGAGGUAAGAAACCCCUGUACCGAUGAGAUUCUCGGCUCCUCCAGCAACGGCAAUAUGACCUGUCGCGUGAGCGAGGACAAUCUCUGCAUUCCAGAGUACGGGACCCACCGGUAUUGGUGUGUCUGCGGCCACCCUGCCCGUGCC